CACCGACUUUUAUUUUGGCGAGUCUUACCGGAAGUGGCGUCCGCAGGGGAAAAAAGGAUGUAAACAAAUCUGUGUGUCAUCAGCUUUUAACCUGCUGUAACAUACCAGUACAUCUGGGAGUUAACUGGAUGCUUCAGGUGGAAACUCGGGAAUGAUGAUGUUGUUGGCGCUGUGAACUGCGGAGGGAGCUGGUGGCGGGCAGUGGCAGAUGGAGAAUGGAGACCUGGGUCACAUGAUGGGGGAGCCAGUGAGUCUGAACGUUGGCGGCUGUGUUUACAGCACGUCACUGUCCGCGCUGAGGCGCUACCCCGACUCCCUGCUGGGCGCCAUGUUUAGAGGAGACCUGCCGACGGUCAAAGAUUCCCGCGGGAACUUCUUCAUCGACCGCGACGGCCCGUUGUUCCGCUACAUUCUAAACUUCUUGCGCUCAUCGGAGCUGACGCUGCCCUGUGGCUUCAAGGAGAUGGCGCUGCUCCGUAAAGAGGCGGACUUCUACCAGAUCGAGCCCUUGAUCCAGUGCCUGGGAGACCCCAAGCCGCUGCUGCCGUAUCCGACCGACACCUACGAGGAAGUGGUGGAGCUGUCCAGCACCAGGAAGCUGUCCAAGUACUCCAACCCGGUCGCAGUCAUCAUCACCCAGCUCACCAUCACCACUAAGGUCCAGUCAGUGUUGGACUCCGUCUCCAGCAGCUUCACCAAGUGGACCAAACACAUGAUGGACAGCAGAGACUUCCAGGUGUCCUUCACGUUUGGACCGUGUGACUACCAGCAGGAGGUCAGCCUUCGGGUCAACCUGCUGGAGUUCAUCUCCAAAGCCGGCUUCGCCAUCAGAAACACUCGGGUUCUUCAUAUGAGCGAACGGGCCAACGAGAACACGGUGGAGCAUCACUGGACCUUCUGCCGGCCGGUUCAUAAACGCGACCACUGAGCGUUUUACAGAACCACUGGGUGGAUCAGAAGCUGAGUCUCUGGUUCUGGACCAGGAACAUGGAGGACAUCUUAGUUUUUGAAAGCGGAGGCCGCUAGGUGGCGCUGUGGGGGGCCUCAGUAGUUUUUGGUUUUUCAGUCCAUUUUUUUUUUUAUUAUUAAAUCUGAGUUUAAAUUUAACUAUUAUUUUUGAUGCUCAUCUUCUGACUAGCUGUUUUGCUUCUCAAGCUACCAGAUUAUGUGUUGCCCAGAAAUAAUCCGGAAAAAAUCACUUUCAUUCAGGUUUGCUCUCAUGAAAUCAGAAAGAAAUUACCAGAUUAUGAAGUUUCUGGACCGUAAAGCAUCUUUUAAAUACCUAAACUAAGAUGUUUAACUUCUGAAAGUACUCACCUCUAGUAUUAAUAUUCUUGGUUUCUUUCAAGUUUUUUAUUGUCCUCGACGGCACCAAGAAGCAGCCCAACCUGGAGUCGGGUUCAGGGAGUAAUUAUCAUUUCCUCAAGUUGGUUGGAAUAAUGUUUUAUCCCUAAUUAAUUAAAUCAUCACUUGAAAAGUG